GCUAUGUAAGAAGAAGAGCCCUGCACCUUAAUGCACUCACCACCCGACAAUUUCUCUCUCUAAAAAAACAUGCUCACGUGCUCUUUCGCAGUCACAGGAAACCCCAUCCAUCCCCAUCCCUACCUGUAGCUCCGACUACUUAAAACAUUCUUCCAAGUGGCAAGACCGAAACGAGGGAGCCAUUAAAAUACCCUUCUUCAAUCCAUUUUCGCAUCUUCAACUUACUUGUUCAUGGUUAUUGAUAGAUUCCACAAAUACCCAGUUAACAAUUUCAGUCUUGAGAUGAAAAUAGCAUUAGAUUGUUGGCAUUUUCUCUACUUUCUUCCGUUUCUUCUCGUCAUAUUAUGCGUGUCCGAGCCAAUGUCAAGCCAAGAUUGGGACGGUGUGGUCGUCACAGCGGCAGAUUUCCAAUCACUCCAAGCGUUCAAGCACGAGCUCUUCGACCCAAAAGGCUUCCUGAGGAGCUGGAACGACAGCGGCUACGGAGCUUGCUCGGGCGGCUGGGUCGGGAUCAAGUGCGCUCAGGGACAGGUCAUUGUGAUACAGCUUCCAUGGAAGGGAUUAGGAGGCAGAAUCACCGAAAAGAUUGGCCAACUCCAAGCUCUUAGAAAGCUAAGUCUUCAUGACAAUUCCAUUGAAGGCUCAAUUCCUUAUUCCUUAGGCUUGCUUCCGAGCCUCAGAGGUGUUCAGCUCUUCAACAACCGGCUCUCAGGUUCAAUCCCUCCUUCGUUGAGUUUUAGUCCAUUGCUUCAGAAUCUUGACCUUAGUAAUAACUCUCUUAGUGGGACUAUCCCACCUAGUCUAGCAAACUGUACCAAACUUUUUAAACUUCAUCUUAGUUUCAAUUCCCUUUCUGGGUCAAUCCCAUCUGGUGUUAUUGGCUCAAAAUCCUUGAUCUUUCUUUCUCUUGACCACAACAAUCUCUCUGGUCAUGUCCCUGACUCUUGGGGUAACAACAAUAGUACAACACGAAACAAGAAUGUUUCUUUCAAUCUUCAGUCCUUGACCCUUGAUCACAACUCUCUCCAGGGUCCAAUCCCUCCUUCAAUUGGAAAAAUUUCCACACUCACGCAGCUUGACUUGUCCCACAAUAAUCUCAGCCAAGAAAUCCCUGACUCCUUUGCUUCUUUGUCACGCCUUAGUCUUUUCAAUGUUUCAUACAACAGUCUCUCCGGUCAUAUUCCUGACUCUUGGGGUAACAAUAAUAGUACAACACAAAACAAGAAUGUUUCUUUUCAUCUUCAGUCCUUGAUCCUUGAUCACAAUUCUCUUGAUGGAAGCAUUCCUGCUAGCAUCUCCAAUUUGUCUUCACUUGUUGUGUUGAAUUUGGAAGGGAACAAGUUCGAUAGCGAAAUCCCGGAAGAGCUUGGGAGAUUGCGAAAUCUUUCUGUUCUAAACCUUAGAGGAAACCACUUCCGGGGUCCAAUCCCUGCUUCAAUUGGAAACGUUUCCACACUCACGCAGCUUGACUUGUCCCACAAUAAUCUCAGCCUAGAAAUCCCUGACUCCUUUGCUUCUUUGUCACGCCUUAGUCUUUUCAAUGUUUCCUACAACAAUCUCUCUGGUUCUGUCCCAACUCCUCUGGCACAAAAGUUCAACGCCAGCUCUUUUGUGGGGAAUGUUCAGCUUUGUGGGUACGCUGGUUCAACCCCAUGCCCUUCUGAAGAAAUACCUUCGGCUCCAUCGCCCGUGGUAUCGAAACCUCAUCCUCGUCGCCACAAACUAAGUACCAAGGACAUAAUUCUCAUAGCAGCCGGGGCUCUACUCAUAGUUAUGCUCAUAAUUUGUUGCAUUCUACUCUUCUUCUUGGUGCGAAGAAAGCCUCCAUCAAAAGCCAAGGACGGUCAGGCCGUCCCAAGGGCCGAAAAGGGGGCACCACCGGCUGAAGCGGAAGCAGGCGGCGGAGAGGCUGGAGGAAAGCUGGUACACUUUGAUGGGCCAGUGGUGUUCACGGCAGAUGAUCUUUUGUGUGCAACGGCUGAGAUUAUGGGGAAGAGCACUUAUGGGACUGUGUAUAAGGCCACACUGGAAGAUGGACAUCAAGUUGCGGUCAAGAGGUUGAGGGAGAAGAUCACAAAGAGCCAGAAGGAAUUUGAGACCGAGGUUAAUGUGUUGGGGAAAAUCAGACACCCCAAUCUCUUGGCUUUGAGGGCUUAUUACAUGGGUCCUAAAGGAGAGAAGCUCCUUGUUUUUGAUCACAUGCCAAGAGGAAGUCUUGCAACAUUUCUCCAUGCUAGAGGGCCUGAAACGCCCAUUAAUUGGCCAACAAGAAUGAAAAUAGUCCAGGGCAUGACUCGCGGUCUGUUCUACCUCCAUUCCCAUGAGAACAUCAUCCAUGGAAAUCUCACAUCAAGCAACAUCUUACUUGACGAGCAAGCGAACGCCAAAGUAGCGGAUUUCGGUCUCUCUCACCUAAUGACAACUGCAGCAACAUCCAAUGUUAUUGCCACUGCGGGUGCACUAGGAUACCGUGCACCGGAGCUCUCAAAGCUGAAGAAGGCGAAUACGAAAACCGAUGUGUACAGCCUCGGUGUCAUCAUGUUGGAGCUCUUGACAGGGAAGUCUCCAGGCGAAGCGAUGAACGGCAUGGAUUUGCCUCAGUGGGUUGCCUCCAUUGUGAAAGAGGAGUGGACAAAUGAGGUGUUUGACUUGGAGUUGAUGAGGGAUGCACCUAGCAUCGGAGACGAGCUGCUCAACACCUUGAAACUGGCUUUGCAUUGCGUCGAUCCUUCCCCGUCUGCGAGGCCCGAAGUUCAACAGGUCCUGCAGCAACUUGAAGAGAUCAGACCACUCGAUACUAUGACUGUUAGUUCUGGUGAUGAUGGAACUGGAGUUCCUUCAACUAGCGAGUGA